AUGAACAACUUCCCCCGCGGCAAUGCCCCCCAGCCUGCGCGUCGCGCCCCUCCUCGCAUGACCCUCUCACAAAUGACCGGAGGCGCUCCUGCCCCUAAGCCAGAGACCCCCUUCGCCAACUUUUCUCGCUUCGUUGAUCCUUCUGGAAAACUCAACUUCAACGGAAAGGCGAUCCUGCACUCUGACGGUGUUGACUUUAGCAAUGGAAACAGCUUCAAGAUCAACAUGGAAGAGCUUAAGUUGCUCGAGGAGCUCGGCAAAGGACAGUAUGGCACUGUGCAGAAGGUUUAUCAUAAACCUACCAAUGUCACCAUGGCUAUGAAGGAAAUUCGCUUGGAACUGGAUCAGAGCAAACUCAACUCGAUUUUGAUGGAGCUGGAUGUCCUCCACAAGUCGCAGAGCCCCUACAUCGUGGACUUUUAUGGCGCGUUUUUCAUCGAAACCUGUGUUUACUACUGCAUGGAAUACAUGGAUGCUGGAUCACUCGACAAGUUGUAUCAAAUCGGUGUUCCAGAGGACAUUCUUUCAUACGUCACCCUUUCGAUGGUCAGGGGCCUCAAGUUCCUUAAAGAUGAGCUUUCUAUCAUUCACCGAGAUGUCAAGCCUACGAAUGUCUUGGUGAACUCACAAGGACAGGUUAAACUCUGCGACUUUGGAGUUUCUGGACAGCUUGUUCAAUCCAUGGCAAAGACCCACAUCGGAUGUCAGAGCUACAUGGCUCCUGAGCGUAUUUCACAAGGACAGUCAUACACCGUCCAGUCAGACGUUUGGUCGUUGGGCUUGUCGAUUCUGGAGACCGCUGAGGGCUCAUACCCAUAUCCACCCGAGAAAUAUAACAGUGUCUUUGCGCAGCUCAGUGCCAUUGUCGGCAACCCACCCCCUGCUCUCCCCGACAGCUACUCUGAGGAUGCUCGUUCCUUUGUCGCCCUGUGCUUACUCAAGGAUGCCAAGGAGCGUCCCACAUAUGCAGCCCUCCUGGAGCAUGCAUUCUUGACGAAAUACCUGGAUACGGAGGUUGAUAUGAAGGGAUGGGCUGAGAGGGCCAUGGAGGCAAGACUCGCACGCGAGGAGGAGAAGAAGAAGGAGGGAGGAGUGCCCCCAUCGUCAUAG